ACGCCUUGUCUCGCAAUUUUUGACCAUACGCAAUAUAGCUUCCCCUCGGCGGCCAUUCUCCAUCAUCGCCAUCCUCCUGCCCUUGUCCUUACGCAACAUCUCGGAGAGAUAUCAAGUCCGAAGGAUAACCAUGUCGGCCCCACUGACUGUCGGUGUCAUCGGUCCAGCCGGCUUCACGGGAUCUCAUGUAUGUGUCGAGUUGUUGGGGCGAGGACACACCGUCGUGGGCAUAUCCCGCCACCCCGAGAAGUUCGGCACGCAUCCCAGAUAUGUCGCCAAGUCUGUCGACGUCGGGCAGCUGAGUAUAGCCGCGCUUGCAGAGGCAUUCAGUGGCCUCGAUGUGCUCAUCUGCUGCUAUGGGCCUCAACCAGGAGGUCCAGGAUCCUCGCUAUACAGGUCAUUUAUUGAGGUCGUUCGCCGCAUCGUCCUUGCGGUGCGACAGGUCGAAAACUUGUAUUUCAUGUUCAUUGGCGGCGCCGGCAGCUUGCAUGUCCCUGGAACGACAGGCAUCUGCACGGCAGACGACCCCGAUUUCUUGGUGGCUUAUCGCAGGGCCAUCGCCGACAGCGAAGCCCACACGUCUUAUCUGGUGGAAAGACUAGGCCCCAUGGGUUCCGCGCUGCGCGAGUUUCGCACCGCACGCGUGGCCGAGCGUCAAGGCCAGGCGACGGAGGAGACGCGCGCAUUCAUCGAUGACUACGAGGAGAAGGCCAGAUCGCAGGAUUUUGCUCUGGAGUUCAUCCAGGCAGUGAGGACCACGUUCAUGUUCUUCGACGGCAACACCUCGUUCUCCUGGACCUUUGUGUCGCCGCCUCCGCUGUACCGGCCUGGGACACGCACUGGCAGCUACGAGGUGGCUGUGGAUGACGUGCCACUCACUGGCCAAAAGGUCUCUGACAACAUGUUUGAGGGGCGGUUGACCGGCAUAACGGCAGCCGAUCUAGCGAUUGCGGUGGCAGACGAGUCAGAGCGCAAGGCCCACAAACACCAGCACUGGACGGCGUCGGGCGACCUUUCAGACGACAAACCGACGUCCAUCUUCAAGACUCUUGACUAGAGGAGAUGAAAUAGGGCGCACCGCUGCUUCUCUCCCUGGGGACGAUUUCAACCUGCUUACUCUGAGAUUAUCAUAGCCAACAUUCAAAUGGAAUGUCUUCUCCUUCCUUGCUUAAAAUGAAGCUGCGGUGUGGCGCUUGUGUUAGGGUGACCUGUGG